AUGCGAUAUCCCCUCCCUUACAGCCUCGUGAUCAUGCCUCUGAUGCCCCUGGUGGAGAAGCCAUCUACAGGCAAGACGAUCCUCAAAGUUCUGGUCAGCUUUGCGGUCGGAGGGCUCUUGGGAGACGUGUUCUUGCACCUCAUCCCUCAUGCACUGGAGCAUCUUUGCAGAGAGGCUGAUUUUCACGUGUCGAGCGCGAGGCAACUCGGAAUCCCUUUGCUUGCGGGGAUGCUUGUCUUCUUCUUGGCGGACAAGUUCAUCUGUGAGUUCACUGGCAAGGAGCACGAGCAUUCGCACAAGAAGGAUGAUGAGAAGAAGACACCAAAGACCUCCAAGACGAGAGCAGCUGCCUACCUCAAUCUCAUUGCAGAUAGUCUGCAUGUAUGCAACAUGCAACACGCCCUUGCUGCCUUGCCCCUCAUGCUGGUGCAGAAUUUCACGGAUGGCCUGGCUCUGGGGAUCACGUUCGUCCAAGGCAGUGGCAUCACAACAGCUGUUGCCAUCUUCUUCCACGAGGUCCCGCACAACUUGGCGGAUUUUGCCAUCUUGAUCGAGAAUGGUUUCACUGCCAAACAAGCUCUGCUCGCUCAGUUCUGCUCGUCGAUGACUGGCGUCCUCGGCUGCUGCGCCGGUCUUGUUCUUCCACAGCAGCAGUGGAUGUUCAGCUUCGUAGCUGGCGGCUUCAUCUACGUCUCCACCGUCAGCAUCCUCCCGACCUUGAUGGAGGACAGAGGAGCCAUAUCGACGGCCUAUGUAGGAGCGGAGAAAGUGUGGUUGGCUGUGACGCUCUUCCUGCAGCAAGUGCUCGCCAUGUGUCUGGGUGUCUACAUGAUGCUUCUUAUCGCCGAGUAG